ACACACACAAAUGCGAGAGGGCGAGAGAGAGAGGGAUGAUAAAGAACAAGGAUAAACUUCCAGCACUUCCCGCAGAAACGCAACGUUUUAGGAAAACCAAUGAGAAAUCUGGCGGGCAACCUCGAUCAAAGCCUCCUCAUGCAUUACCCAAAGUGCACAUUGCACGGCCACCUGUAGUGUCGUCGGUGUCGUCAAAAACGAACAUUGUGUCGGGUCCCAAAGUCGUGCGACGGCCUCCUUUUGCGACCCCUGUGGGGAAACGAUUGGCAGAUGCGCAAAAUGUCAAAAAGGAGGGGAAGGCAUUGUUGUGUGCCUUUAACAAAAAAUAUACCUCCGUACCUAUUGUGUCAACUGGGCGUCGAGUCCGAUGGCCCUGGAAAGUAGCGUACGCACGCAAGCGUCGACAAGAGCGACACAAUAAGGGCGUAUCAUCCGGGUACGGCCGAAUCGACCGACGACCGCCCAUGUCGACUCUAUCCGGGUUUUGGAAAACAUCAACGUCACAUUUUAUUUCUCAAAUUCGGUUGACGGCGUGGGCUGUAACUUCUGCGGAUCUUGUGCAAGCGCAUCAAAAGGCCGCAUAUCGGAAUCGGAAGAUGGCAAAGGAGAAUGGCAAGAGGGCGUUGUGGAUGGCGGGACGUGCGAGGAGGCGGGGAGAUGUUGAGAAAGAGUUGCGAUGGUUGAUUGCCCACGCAACACAAGCCUCACCAACACCGACGCAUGCCUUGAUCUCACACAUGCACUUUUCACUGUUUUGGGCACGACAGGGAAAUCUACACCAGGCGCUCGUGAGUGCGCUUUGUGCUCGCGAUCUUGUAAGGGAAAUGAUACAGCGACUAAAUGGGAUAAAUGGGAAUGACAGCAAGGACUUGGAGGACAGGGAAUGGAUAUUGGAGACGGAAGCCGCUGUGGAGCGGGUUGUUACUGGAUUGGUUCAUGAGAGGAUGGAGAGCGUGCGGAGGGGUUUGGAAGGGGCCUCCUUGCAAUUCCCCUCCUGAUCCGUACACGACUCGAUCAUUGUCAAUACAAGCAUACUUUAUAGUUUAAUAUCCAUGAUAUGAAAUACAUGAAGGAUAUAAUGACAUGGA